GAAAAUCGCUCAAAGCUUUCUUUCUACAGCCAAAAUUAUAACUAGAUAUUCUUCGGAACGUUUUUUCUUUCUAUUUACGGUGAAUAAAUAUCGACUAAAGGCUUUUUAAAGUUCUGUAACCUUAAACUUGUAUCAAACUUCAUACUAGGUCAUAUCAGUGUCUCAGUCAAAUCUUAAUACAAAUUAAACGUGCAUAAACUAGCUUCAUAAAUUGCGCCGAUGGACUUCAUGAAAUUAUAUUUAAAUACAAUAAUUUCUCAGGCUUACCAUUUCUCGAGAUGCAGCUCCUGAAAGUUAUCAACUAAGGCAAGGAUCGCUUGAGCCUUUAUAAUUCUCGUACGCAUCCAGCAAGGUGAAAAACAAAAACGAUGCCAUCCGAAAUCGGAUUAUCGGCUUUGACAAGAGACGCAUUUCUCAACCAAAAACCCCAAAAACAAACCAUGAAUAAGCCAUGAAUAAGAGAACAAUCUUGAUAGCAGCUGUAUUUCAUUUUGUACAUCCAGUGGAAAAAGACAGUUAAAAAAAUCACAAGUUGACUCAAAACUCUCUCAGCUUCAGCUGUCAAAGUAAACAACUUUCAAGAUGCUGCAUAAAUUUUACGCAUGAACUCACCUGUCAAAUUUUAACCAAUCAGAGCAUAAAAAUUGGACGUGGAGCGUGACCAACACGUAACCGUGGUAAGAAAAGGUCUUUCCCGCCUGUAUUUUAAAAAAACUGGCUGAAUUUUUGCGUCUGAGGUCAGUUUGAAAUCAAAACCGUAAUAGUGCGGCGAUACUGACAAAAACACAACAUAUUUAAUAUGAAUUUAAAAAAAGGUAAACGUGAGCCUGCGAUCAUUUGAAAACGAGUAAAUUGUCUGCGAAUAACUUCAAAAAAUACUCGACCUUGAUGGGUCGACACCUGAGCCCGCGAUACGGUCAGGUGAUACUGGUCAGCGGAUACCCUGUUUUGACAGCUGUCAAUUGAUGAUAACAUUGAUGUGCAAUCAGCUUUCUCCUGGGCUUCUAAAGUAGCUAGAAAGUGUGAGAGUACACAUUGGUAUGGCUGUGGUGCGGACGGUCGGUCGGUCACGUGAUUACCAAAUUUUCUGGGAUGGGUAGAUUUAUUUACCCAUGGUGCUCCGCUGGCGCGCUUCGCGCGCGGAGCUCCGCUACUAAUCUUAUUACAGGACGAAAAUAACCUGAAUACAUUCCGAGAAAGUUGGUUGCCAAUCAUACUUUCGAGAAAGGAAACAAACGAUAGUUAUGAUCAAAAACUACCUAUUAUAACCUUUACAUCACUUUUUGAGCCCGCUGAAGCUGAGGGGUCCCUUAGAGUGAUUGACGAAAUUGAAAAACGUAAACGUUGCCCCGGCUUAUUUUUUUACAAUGCAUGUCAGGUCGCAUUGGUCGCAUGUUCUCGAAAAGAGGCAAUGUUAACUGUCAAUUGUAAAUGACAAAAUUGUAGCUUUAUGACAACAAAUGCAUGUAUGUACAUGUAUCCCGAGCCCUAUAUUUAAAGUUAUAGUUACAGAACACGGAAAGCGUUGUCUAAUAAAAAAUUUUGCUUGCUUGGAAAUUUUUUUGUUAAUAUUGAAAUUUUGCGCCUGAGCUGCACAUAGGCUACAACCUUCUUUCCUGAGGAUGCUUUUUUUUUCUGAUAUGCGAUUUCGCAGUUUUGUCUAGGCGUCCCCGGUACAGUAGUCGCACUGAUAAAGUAAUGUCAGUGUAAAGCAAAAGCAGUGUGAUUGUCGCAUAAAUGUGACUUGCAAGGAUUCUAGUAAGCUAUGGAUUUUACCUUACCUUUUAUCUUUUUAUCCUGUACAUUGAGGGUAUUAAAAUGAAUUAUUAUAAUUAUGUCUGAAUCCGCGAGCGAGCGAGAUGAAGCGAAGUUUGCAUUGUGAUUGGCUACCCCAGUGGGCAAGAUGGGACCAUCUUGCCCGCUCGGGAUUUCCCGCGUGGGUCCCGCAAGUCUAAUAAAUCCUUUAUUGACCGAGCGCGAGGUCAAGAGGCUGUAUCUUGGCCUCAUUUUCUUUUUUUCUUUUUUUUUUUUGCUUUUUUAUUGACCGAGACUAAUAUCCAGCCAUCUUGACCUCACGAUUGGUCAGAAACGCACAUAUAUAUAGAUGGAAUCUGAAUAUAGUAAUUGAUAAUUGCGGAUAUUGAUUAUUUUUUUUAAGGAAGCGUUGCAUCAAAUGAGCAAAAUUUAUCUGUGACAGCCACUAUGGAUUGUCAACUCAAUGAGGAACCUUCACAUUCUAUGAAGCUUCUUGAUAAAGGUACAUGAGAAUAUAGGAUGCUUCCACUCACAAGAAUAAAAGUUGUAAAUGCAUUUUUGCAUGCUUAUAUGGAACUACUUUUCCCAAUGUAUUAUUGCAUUUUGAGAGCUAGACAAACCUUUAAUUGGUACCCUGCACAGCAUCAGGGAAAAAAGACAACAAUUAAUUCACUUAGUGUAAAAUUCAGUUCCAAUUCAGUUCCAAAAUGUCGAAAUAUCCGAAAUGUUCUCGGGUUCUUGGCAU